AAAAUGUGAUUUUCUCCCUCUCCCUCGCUUCUUCAGAAUCCGUCUUUUGCCGCCAUAUUUCGCAAGAUACGCCCACCGCGUCAUUCGCAGUGACGACAUCACGCAGCAGCGCACAAGCCAAAGAAGGGUUCUUCGAGUUCGGAUUUCUUCGCGACUCUCGGUCGCAUUCGCUCGCUCUUUGAAUCAUUGGCCGCCCUGGUUAGCUCUCGCAUCUCCCAGCCAGCUCGAUCGACGCGGCGUUUCAAGGUGAGGACGUUCGUAACAGAUUUAGCUUAUCCGACGUCAGUUUGCCUCGCGAGAACUUCCGAGUUUCGGUUCUCGUUCGUCUCUCUCUCUCUCUCUCUCUCUCUCUCUCUGGAGCAUUCCGUUGCUUUGGAAUCUGCAACGUUUGAUUGGAUUUCUGGUUUGGGAGUUCCAUUUUAGGGAUCGCUAGUUUCUAAGUGAGUUGGCGAAGAUCGACUCUCGAGGAAACGUAGAGUUUGGCAUGAAUUUUCCAGGUAGUUUUCGACCUUAUUUGUGAGUCCUGAGCAUGGAAUUAGGAGGAAUUGAUGUUGUUCCGGAUCUACUGCUUUCCUAUUGAUGAUUCGGUGAAUGUUGAAUUCACCGGCUAUGGUGUCGGUUGUCUUCCCUGUUGUUUUCACUCUUUUACUUGUUCUCAGCUCUUGGUCUCGGUGCUUUCCGGGGUUAGAAUGUUGUUCUCGCUCGAACCUCAGCUUCAAACCAUGUCUGAAAAUGAGUGUGGUUGUGGACUUCGAAAAUAAACUGAUCCAAUUGCCUAUAUGAACGGAUUCACCCUCUCACAAUAGCCGAUACUCUUUUUACCUAUGCUUGCUUUUCAUUGGAGGAAUGCCCUAUGACCUUCAUAGGAAAUAAAAUGUGUAAGUCUGCAUCUUUUGGAAGUUCUGAGAUUUGAAUUACCUUGACAUAGCAAAUAUGCGUUAACUUAGUGUAUUGUGAUUACGUUUGGCUUCUCUGAUUAACUAAUUGUUCCUGUCUCCUUCAACAAGGGAAGAAACAAAAAUUAAAUUGAUAUAUAUAUAUAUAUGCCUCCGUGUGUUCCUUUUAUACAAUGCAAGUUGGCCUCGUGGUGUUGAAAUCCUGAAUCUGAAAUAACCUGUUUCCCAUGCAUACACGUGGUUACCGCCGCCAUGGCCACUACCGGGUAUAAUGUCGAGGUUUGUGCAGAGGAAUUCUCAAUUUAGGAUAUUAACUUGCAUAAAUCCUCUUCUCAGAUGUUUGGUUACAAAGUUGAGAUAGAAACAUGUAGCUGAAGGUAUCUUCUGAUUGCUGAAAUGAGAUGCAACGCGUGCUGGCGAGAAUUGGAAGGACGAGCUGUUUCCACCACCUGUGGUCACCUUUUGUGCAAUGAAGAUGCUGCCAAGAUUCUAAACAAUGAUGCAGCAUGUCCCAUUUGCGACCAAGUGCUCUCUAAGAGUCUCAUGAAACCUGUGGAUAUAAAUCCGAAUGAUGAAUGGAUCAAUAUGGCUAUGGCUGGAAUGUCUCCGCAGAUACUCAUGAAGAGUGCAUACCGUAGUGUGAUGUUCUUUGUCGGACAAAAGGAAUUGGAGAUGCAGUUUAAAAUGAAUAGAAUAGUGGCUCAGUGCCGGCAGAAAUGUGAAGUCAUGCAAGAGAAAUUCACAGAAAAACUGGAACAAGUACAUGCUGCAUAUCAAAAAAUGGCCAAGCGGUGUCAGAUGAUGGAACAAGAGAUUGAGAGCCUCUCCAAAGAUAAGCAAGAGCUUCAAGAGAAGUUCUCAGAGAAAUCAAGGCAAAAGAGAAAGCUAGAUGACAUGUAUGAUCGACUAAGGAGUGAGUAUGAGUCGAUGAAACGAUCUGCAAUCCAACCUGCAAGCAAUUUUUAUCCAAGAAGUGAACCUGACUUGUUUUCAGCCCCAACUAACAUGAUGAAUGAUCCUGACCACAUGCGUAAAGGGCAAAGAGAGGAUGUAUGGCCAGCAAGGCAGAAUAGUUCAACCUCUGGUCCUUUUAAUAUCUCUGGGGGCUCACCUGCAAAACACCCAACCAUUCCAGUUGACACCAACAGCAGAAGGGUUGGUGGGGACCCUGUUUUUGGAGGCGGUACUGCCAACCCCUCAAUGACAUUAAGGAACCUCAUACUCUCCCCCAUAAAGAGGCCUCAGCUCUCCCGCAAUCGGACUCAAAUGUUUACGUUAUAGCCUAUAGAAGCAAAAACCUUAAUCAUUGGAUUCCAAAGGGGUUAAUAAGAACUCACAUGAGAUUACUGUGGGUUGUUGAAGUGGCAGCUAGUGACAAGUACAGAGAUGGAAAGAGCACUUCAUCUAUUAGCAUUUUUGGAGUAGCUAGGCAGCACUGUGAAGUCGGGAUUUUGAGCGCACAUUGGCAAUCGUGACUGGUAAAAUGCUAAAAAUAGAACAGCAUCGGACACAAUGGCUUGUGUAUAGCUGGAAUAGCUGAAAGAAUUUCGUUUUUGUUUGUGGUAUCUAGGGUUUCUUCUGUUAGCCCUAGCAGCGGGUGAAGCUUAGGUCUAUCUGUGGUUUAUGGUGUUCAAUCAGUUUCUUCAACCAGAGCAACAUAAAAUGGAAUAACUUUUUGUACGUACUUAUAGUAUUGUAAGGACGAAUUGAUAGUCUUGUAAGGUUUCAUGGUGCUUUUUCACUAAAUUUUCGUUGGGUGCUGCUUUGGUAGUCAAACUAGAUGGUCAACAGGUCUCGUGGCUAAUUUCACAGUGCCUUUCAAAUCCAA